UUUACAAGAUUGACUCGUCACAAUCGAUACAAGCCCCUGCCCGUGGCUCUUCAAUAGCAGCAGACACAGACAAGGAAGGAUGCUAAAGCAGACGAUAGCUCUAUAGCAGAAAAUGGAGACGAAGGCUUCAUUAUUCUCCAGUUCGUAUGUUAAUAGGCCUCGGUGUGUACUCUACACUAUCAGAUGAUCUAGUACUACAGUUUCGGCGCUUACAAUGGCAAUGCUGACCAACGCCUUAUCUUGGGUACGCUCCCUGCAGGUCCGACACUUUACCCAUAGACAGGAGGUUCCAGAGAAAUAUCGCGAGGAUGGCAUCCUUACUGGCUACAGACUAGCCAAUCAGCCAUGGCGUUACUACAUUGGCAGUUUGUUUCAAAUCCAUAACGAGACACUAAAUGUAUGGACACAUUUGAUUGGCUUGUUUGUAAUUUGGUAUGCUCUCGGGCAAUAUUUUUUGAUCUACGAUUGGUGGACAGACAAAGACUCUUGGCCGAUGCUGACUUUCGGAAUUUGUUGUAGCUUGACUCAUUUUUUGAGUUCGGUGGCACAUUUAUUGCAUUCGAAAAAUCUGUAUGUUCAUCAUUUGGUUUUUAUGGUAGAUUUUAUCGGUGUAGUUUUGUUUGCAUUUGGGACAGGGAUUUUGGCAAUGUACUCGUGUUCAGAUAAGGAAAUGUAUGUUACUCUCAGUCCGAUUUACCUGUAUGUUCUCGCCUUCCUAACGUGGUUUAAUCAUGGAUUUUUUUGUUUUGCACUACUUUGUUUUAGCGGAGGACCACAAGUAAUAAAACGUCGAGCCCUACAGGUGGCAGCACUACUUGUGGAAGUAGUGCUUAUAUUUAUACCAUUCUUCCCGCGUUAUAUCAAGUGUUUUAUAGACUCCGAAUGUUCUAUCCGUUCUUUUGAUCACAUCACGCUGACAUUCCCAGCAUUCGGUGCUCAGGCAUUUUUCUUUUUGUCGCAAAUUCCAGAGAGGUUUUUUCCUGGAAAAUUCGACAUUGUUGGUCACAGUCAUCAACUGUUCCAUAUUAGUGCUACUAUUGCCCAGCUCUUGCAGAUGCGAGCCGUCCAUCAAGAUAUACAGAAUGGAGUCUCUAGACACGCUCAGCCGGACCUUUCGGCCAUGCUAUCAGUACUGGCGAUACUUAUAUGCUGUUCCAUUGGAAGUAUUUGCGUUCUUCAAAAAUACAUUCCAUGUAAUGUGAAGAAGGUAAAGACUAAAUGAGCACGAACAAUAACAGUAUUAUUCAGUCUUGUUAUUAUUGUUGGAAAUAUCAAUUAUCGAAAUGUUUACUUCUUACUU